GCAGCCUUGCUCCUGGCCGCACGCACCAUGGCUUCCGCAGUCUUGCCUGCCCUCCUGCCUCUGUGUGCGUGUCUGCUGCUGUCCUCCGGCUUUGCCCAGGCGGGCAAGCUGCUGGUGGUGCCCAUGGAUGGCAGCCACUGGCUCUCCAUGCGCUCUGUGGUGGAGAAACUCUCCCAGCGAGGGCACGAGGUGGUCGUGGUUGUGCCCGAGGUGAGUUGGCAGCUGGGAGGCUCGCAGAACUUCACAGUGAAGACGUACUCAACUUCUUACACGCUGGAGGAUUUGAACCGGGCAUUCAAGGUCUUUGCUGAUACUCAGUGGAAAGUUCGAGAAGACAAUAUGUUUGCUAUAGCAACAGGUUCAUCUAAAGAUUUCUUUGAUAUCACUUUUUCACGCUGUAGGAGUUUGUUUAGGGACAAAGGAUUGAUACAAUACCUGAGUGAAUGUUCUUUUGAUGCGGUGUUUCUGGACCCUCUUGAUAUAUGUGGCUUAAUUGUUGCCAAGUACUUUUCACUCCCUUCUGUCAUUUUUGCCAGAGGAGCAUUUUGCUAUACUCUUGAAGAAGGAGCACAGUGCCCCAGUCCUGCUUCUUAUGUCUCCAGAAUCCUCCUGGGCUUCUCAGAUGCCAUGACUUUCAGAGAGAGAGUUUGGAACCACCUUUCUAUCCUGGUGGAAUAUUUAUCUUGUCCUAUAUUUUAUGAAAAAGCCAUAGAAGUUGCUUCUGAAAUUCUCCAGACCCCGGUCACCACAAAAGACCUGUUCAGCCAAGUGUCGAUUUGGUUGUUUAGAUCUGACUUUGUCUUGGAGUUUCCCAGACCCGUGAUGCCCAACAUGGUCUACAUUGGUGGCAUCAACUGCCACCCGGGAAAGCCGCUGCCAAAGGUAGGACUUCUCUUUUGGGGGUAGGACUUCUCUCUUUUGGGGGGUUAUCUGUGCUUUUUCUCUGACACCCUGAGUGUCAGCAUCACAUUCUUUAACCUGGGAUGUCUGAGUUUUCUGUUGUAGGCACUUAAAGCUGUGAGCGUUCUCAUCCCAUGGCCUGUCCUGGCUCAGGGGUUCUUGUUGGGGAUGUUUUCAUUUUUGUUCAAUGUAGAAGUGUUGAAAUUUCCUACUUCCUUCAAUGUCCCACUGAUGAUUCUUGCACCUGUGUUCAAUCUUUAUCUCUUUGAAUAUCAUUUGUAGUUUUCCUUGAUACUGAUUUCUAGUAUUGAUAUUUAUUCUGUUAUGGAUAUAAGGGACUAUGAUUUAAAUUUACAAUUUAUACAAAAGUGCAAUUGUAUUUUGUGAUGCUUGUUUUAUGGCUCUGGCUUUGAUCUGUUUUAGAAAAAGUGUCAGGGACUGCUGAGAGAUUUUGGAAUCUUCUCUUACACACAUGUGAGAGGUGCCUAAAUUAAUGUAAGUUAUAAUGUGUCUUUGUUGAAUGUUUUUGGCCAGAAUAUUCUCUUUAUUGAUGGGAGUAGCCAUGGAGCCCAACCAUCCAUAUCGCAUCUCGACUUUUCUGUUUAUCAUUCCUAAUAUUGUUUUAUGAACUU